GCUAACCUUGAUUUUUGGAGUAUAGCAGUAAGUUUCUAACCGUUGUGUGUCUGAACAUGUAUUUACAACGUUUACAACUGAUUUAUUAGUUAUAUUUGCAUUAUUUAUUAAUAAAGUUACUUUCAAAGACUGUGCGAUUAUUUGUAAAUAACAUAUAUUUGAUAUGCGUAAAUAGUAUAUUGUUUAUAAUCGUUUUCGGUAUGAAUAUUUUAUACGAUUUUCAACAUUUAGCAAAGAUUUGAAAAUAGUUCUUCAUCUUUAAUUAAUAAAAAUAAAUAUGAGCGAUCUAAUUGAUCUAAAUAGUCCCGAUACUGAUAAAGUGUUAAGAAGAAAACUCGCUUCUCCAUUAAUUCCACCUCCUGCACGAACUGAAAAAGAUGAUCUCACCUCAAACACAAACGGCUUACCAAACUUAAUGUCAGAUGAGAAGCGUGAUAGUUUUGAUAAUAAUCCAUUUGACAAAGUUUUUGAAGAAACAACAGAGUAUGUUCGCAAAAAAGAAGAUCCAUUUGAAUUGGUUUUGGAAAAUGUUAAUGAUAGUAAAAAAUCGAAAUGCAAUUCUAUUGAAUUCAAGGAUGAUUUUAUACCAAAACACAAAAAACAUACUAAUGUUUUAAAAUUAAACAAAACUUUGGAUGAUUCAGUAUUAGAUAAUGAUUUCAAUAUUUAUAAUUCUGUUAUUGAUAAUAGUAUAAGGGAAAAAUUUAAUUCUAGUGACUUAUUAAAAGUGAGAAACAAUGAUAUGGAAAAUGUACCUGAAAUUUUUAUACAACCAACUAGCCCUUUAAAUUCAUCAACAUUGAAUUAUUCAGCAAUGAAUGAUUCACUAAUUGAGUCAAGUGUUAAUUUUAAAGAAACUGAAAUUCGAUCACUUGUUGCUAAAAGAGUUUCUCUUUGUAUUCAAAAAGGUAUUAUGGAAGCAGAAGGCACUUUAGGCAAUAAUAAACAAUUAUCAUUAUUAAAAGCAAAACGCUGUCAUUCACAAGGUGAUAAACUUUCACCAAAAAAUUUCAAUUAUAAACAAAGAACAUUAUCAGUAACGAAUGGUAAAAGAAAACCAAAUAGAAGUGAAAGAAGUACAAUAUCAAGCGUUGGUUCUAUGGAAUAUGAUGAUGAAAUGAAUAAAGCUUUUCUACAAGAACAAUCAAAUAUUGAUAAUUCUGUUUUUUCUGAUUUAUCCAAUAUUUCCGAAAUAACACGUUUAAAUUCCAUUUCAUCGACUUAUAAUUCUUCUCUUUCAUUUCUAUCAAAUGGAACAAUGAAUCAAGCUUUUAUGAAAAGUGGUUCAAUUUCAUCUACUUCGCAAAUUUUACCAAAUAUCAUUCAAUCACCAGUGAAUGUUUCAAAAAAUGUAUACAGCGAUAUCUCGGAUUUACGAAAUAAAUUUGAAGCAUUGAAAAUGAAAUUAUCUCAUAGUUCUAGUGAAUUUGAAGAUACAGAAAUAUCAAAAAAUAAGGAAUCCAAUUCCAAUGAUCAGUGUAUAGAAAAAAUCUCUAUCAAUGAGAAUAAAUUUGAAAUUAAUCAAAGAGAAGAAAAAUUAAUUGACGUUGAAGUUUUUAUUCCCUCGAACGAUUCUAAAUCUUCCAAAAGUAAAGACUCAAUAUCAGAUAGUUCUUCCGAUUCUGUAUUUACAAGAAGUAUUAUGGAUAAAUCAAUUUUAAGCGAAGCUAGAAAAAUUGCCAAAACUUUUGAGGAAAUGGCAGAGGACAAGUCAAAUUCAAGUGGAUUUGAUCUUCUAUCUAGUAAUACAGAAUUUAAUUUUGAUAACUUACCCGAUUCUGAUGAUGAAGUUGAAGUUAAUCUCAUUGAUUUACCCGUAUCACCAUUAAAAUCAGCAGAUGUGCCUGAGAAUUCUCUAGAAACAAAAAACGAAAAUCAACAAAUUAAUAAAACUGAUAAUGAAAUUAAUAAAAUAAAAGAAAUAGAAAUGGAAUUUACACAACCUGUGGAUCCAGAUAAAAAAAUUGUCGUCACAUCUCUAUUAUUAGAACUCGAGAAAUUAAUUAAAACCGAAAAGAAUCCAGAUGCAGAAAAAUUAUUGAAUGAUCUUGAAAAAGUUUUAGGUGUCAAAUGGGAAAAUAAUACAGAUUUAUUAAAUGUUUAUUUACAAAAUGCAAAGGAUAAUGUACAGAUCGAUAAAAAUGAUAAUGUUAAUAAUGAAGAAACGGAGAAUAUUAAUUUAGAAACAAAACUCGAGGAAAUUAAAGAUAUUGAACCAGAAGAAAAUAAAUCCAUUGGAUUAAAUGUAAAGGAUAAUCUUAUGAGAAAAUCUUCCUUUGUAAUCAAGAAAGGCAAAAGUGAAUUUAUUAAAUCGUUUUCAAAACGUGAUUCACCUUCAAAAGUUAAAACGCCGAUUAAAAAAUUAGAUCCUGGUAAUUUUCCUGAAAAACAAAUGAUUAGGAAAACACCACAAUCACCUAAAGAACAGGGACAAUCACAAACCGGAGGUGUACGAAAAAGAUUUUCAAGUGAUAAUAAUGAUUUCAACUCUUCAUUUGGAACUUCUUCGAAUCAAACUUCUUCUACCGUACAAAGUAUGAAGAAGAUUUCCAUCAAAGAAGUUAGUGAGAAAAUUGUAACAGUAACAGAAACAAAAAAGAGUACACUUUCAAAUGUGACGAGUGCAAUGAGAAAUAAAUUAAAAUGCAAAUCUGAAUCUGUUGUUACUAAAAAAGGGCCAAUGAAAGCUACAAUACCUUUUGGAAAUCUACAAAGAAGAGGUUCAUUUGUUAAAAAAAGUUCUUCUGAACUUGAAACUUCUAUAAGAACAUCACCUGAAAAAUCUACUCUUCAUGUCCCUACAAGUACACCUAAUUCAUCGUUAUCAUCACUUUUCAAAAAAUCAAAAUCCAAACCAGUUGCAUCGUCCACCCCAGAUAGUAAAGAACAAAAAAAUACAAUAAUAAAACCCAAAUCGCCACGUCGUAGUAAACUUUCAUGUAAUAUUUCACCUGUUUCGCCAUUUGUGAAAUCGAAUCUUGAAAAAUUGGCCUCCAAGGAAAGUCCACAAAAAAACAAACUAAAUACAUCGUCACCAAAAAGAGCGAGUACACCAAAAGUUUUAAAACCUCCCCGAACACCAUCGGCAAUUCCAAAAUUUUCAUCACUUCCAACAUUACAAAGAAGAAAAUCAAUGAAUGAUUUAAAUAAAUCAGCAAAAUAUUCCGAUGCCUCACGUUAUUCCAGCUCAUCGAAUUUACAAAAAAAUUUUAAUUCUGCAAAUAAAUCAACAAGUUCACUACCUAAAAGUCCUUUAAGAACAAGCAACAAGAUGGAUUUAAAAUGUAAACGUUUUAACUUAAUAACAAAAUCACAGAGACGCCGUGAUGAGUACAUGGAAGCAGAAAAAGAAAAUUUCUCAUAAGAUAUGGUGCCUUAUAUUUAUUUUACAUUUUUAUAUUUACUAUUUACUUUUUAUAAUGAUAAACAAUUGUUAAAUUUUUUUUAUAUGUGAAUUUCAAUUGAUUUCAUGUUUUUAUAUAAAUAAAUAAGUAUAUUAAUUAAAA